AUGACUGAUGACGUUCAUGAAAAAAUGAAUUAUCGACGUAUAGCCCUUACAUACCGUCAACGUGAACUUCAAAUGAGAAAAACAUUUUCAUGUCUUGAAAGCGAUGAAUUGACUAUAAUUUGUUAUAACGCGAUUGGUCAAUUUCAUGAGCAACUUUUAAAUUAUAAUGAUGCAAUAAAAAAUUACCAAGAGGCUUUAGAAUUAUUUAUGAUUCAUCCUAAACCAUAUUAUCUGUGGAUUAUAAAUAUUGCUGAAAGUCUAAUUAGAAUUCUAAUGGAAGAAAUAGGCGAUUAUGAUGCUGCUCUUCAAUAUGCUUUACUAGUGCAUGAGUAUAAAAGCUUAUAUUGGACAUCAGCCAUUGAUGAAUUUAAUGAUGGCCAAAUAGAUAUAGCCAAAACUCAUAUAAAAUUGUCCACUAUUUAUGAAAAAUUAUUGAAAUAUGAGUUAGCAUAUCACAAUCUUUUAAUAGCAUCUAAGCUAUAUACAUCUUCUAAUAGAACAUAUUCUUACUCUGAAGUGAAACCUGUAUAUACAAAAAUAGAAAUCUUCGAACAAAUGCUUGGAAAAAAAGACAAGUAA